AAGUGCUUCUGCUCCGCUCCGGCGGACUUCCGGAUCUGACCUUAACGCGGCGAGUUGAUUGACUUGGUCGCUUUGAGGCACGGGAGAAGCUCGGAAGACUUACGUAGAACAAAAAUUCAAAAUGUGUGAGAAGCUACCUUCUCUUCUAGAGAUCGUCGUGGUUUUCCACCAGGUCGCGGGAGCUUUCUUUGACACUGGUUUGCUGAUGGUUGCUCAAGAGCGCUGUAACGCCACGGUUGCCGGAGUCAGGCAAACUUGCAUCUCCCAGUUUUACAUGUGCAACAACAUUAUGCUGGGACUCACCCCACUACUCUUCACCUUCAUCUUAGCCAAGCUGGGAGAUGAGAGAUCCAGGAAGAUCACCAUCUGCGUGCCACUCCUGGGCUACCUGAUCUCCAGGUCUCUGCUGUUCUGUGUGAUCCUGUUUCAUCUGCCCUUGGAGGUUAUGUUUGCCACUGCGCUGCUCAAUGGCCUGAGUGGGGGCUUCCCUUCUUUCUGGUCAGGAAUUAUGGCCCUGGCCUCAGACACUUCCUCUGCCAAGGACAGGUCAGUCAGGCUCAUUAGAAUCGAGCUGGCCUAUGGCUUGGCCGGGUUGAUUGGAAGCCUCUCAUCUGGUCACAUCUUCAUUCACUUCACCCUCUCCCAUGACCAGGGGGUAGUGUUGGCAGGCUGUAGCUGCCUCUGUUAUUUGAUAAGCUUGCUGUACUGCCUCCUGGGGGUGAAAGCGCCAUCCAGACAAGCGGAAGCUUGCGAGCAGAUUGGAAGCACACCACCUCUUGGAAGUGACAGAGUGCUGGGUCAGUCUGGGUGGGACCACGGCUCCGAAGCUGCCACUAGGGUUGAAGCUGAGCAAAACAGAGGCGCAAAUAGGCAUCCAACUGAAACCUCAAGGCUACUGGAUUACAUUGCAAGGGCUAAAGGCAAAUCCAGUUGUUGUACAGCAGCGAAUUUCACAGUUGCUUUACUUUUUACAAGUGGGGUGUUAUACGAUCUGAGUGUGACAGGUGGAGUGGAUAUAAUUCCCAUGUUUGUAUUGAAAGACCCAUUGAACUGGGAUGCUGUGUGGGUUGGCUAUGGCUCUGCAGCAGGAUACACCAUCUUCCUGACCAGUUUCCUAGGAGUCAAAGUUCUUUCCAGAUACCUGAAAGACACUUCAUUGAUAGUGAUUGGAAUAGUAUCAUUUUCCACUGGGAUGCUGAUCAUGGCUUUUGUGAAGAGGACUUACGUAUUUUUCAUUGCUCGAGCAGUGAUGCUGUUUGCCCUUAUUCCUCUCCCAACAAUUCGGUCACUGAUUUCAAAGCAUAUAAAAGAGACUUCAUAUGGGAAAGUGCUUGCCGUCCUCCAGAUUAUCAUGACAUUGGCUGGAGUAACUUCUUCAAUCAGCUUCAUCCAGAUUUACCUAUUAACAAAAGACUGGUAUCCAAACCUCUGUUUCAGCCUGUCUUCAGUCAUCGGUUGCUUAAGUAUCAUUCCCAUAAUCCUUGUAGAACGCAGAUCAUCUGAGCAAUCUGGAUAUUCCAGAAUACCAGAAGAUUGAUGUGAAACCCAGCACUAAAAUAUCUGGAAAGCUCCAACUAUUCAAAGAAUCACUGGCUGUUUUCCAAAACACCCAUAUGCCUUGAAAAGCAAGUUUUACUUCCCUCCAGUUACAACUGUAAUUUCAACUCAUGCCUCCAUUCAGCGGACAUCUCCAAAAUCUUGAAGAAAAUCACUGCCGUUGUUGUUGCUUGGAAACUAGUUUGAAAGAUUAGUCUACAAUACUGUUGUUACAUUGAACAUAACAUAUCAUUAUUCUGUAACUUGACAUUCAACAUGACUGCAUUCA